GUUAUUGCUGAAAUUGCGCAGGAAGUCAGUCUCCUCAAAUGGGGAGCCAGCUGACGUUGUUGGCAUCUUUGCUGGCAAUCAGUGCUUUCGUGGAUCAUCGGCAAAACUGCUUGGCGAUCCCGACUGGCGAGACUACUUCCAUCCCCGCCGCCGCCGCCACCACCAGCACCAGCAGCGCCGCCGCCGCGGCGUCCCUGUCGAGCAGCAAUUCCAGCCUCCAGGUGCAGCUGGUGCAGCCAUCAGAAGGAAAUUCAACAGCUGCAGCAGCCCUGAUUCCAGCAGCAGGCAACAACAACAGCGAUGCUUCGCAAACAGCAACAAAAACGAGUUUGUCGAAAAAUGACACGUCUUCGCGUUCAGAGAACGGGUCAACGAAGGCCAUUAGCGUCGCUGACACGUCAACGACGGCGAAGCCGCGCAGAAAACGCCAGAGUUUGCAAGUAGAUGUCGCUGACAUGAUGAAAACGGCGUUCGUCGAUCCAGCGCUGCAUCUUGACGAUUUCGCCGGAAUUUCGAACGAUUUGCGGCUGAUGAAAAAGAUGGUUUCUCCUCUGGAAGAAGAUGAGAAUCAAGUUGAGAAUGAUAGGUUGUCAAGAAAGAGAAGAAGGGCUCAAAUGCUCAGUGACUCGGACUUUUCGGACAGCUCCCCAGCUGAGGACACGGACGUGGCCAGGGCCCUGAUGACCAGCUUCGACUUUGACGACGUGGACCGUGGCCUGGAACUCAGCCACUUGAAGCGUCGCAAACGCGGCUCGUCCGCCGAAUUCCGCAAAAAGAAGAAAAAGAAGGCGCCGAAGGCCCCGCAAAAACACAAGAAAAUCAAAAAGCGAGAAGACGGAACUUCCUCGACGACGAGCACAACAACAACAACAACAACAACAACUGCAAGUUCAUCUACAACAACACCCCAGGGGUCGAGCAAAGGAUCCACGUCAACUGUCUCAUCUAGCAGCAGUAGCAGCAGCAGCAGUGGAACGACCUCUGGGUCCACCACGAGUCACAGUAAAGCGGGUGUGACACCUAGUGGCAAAGUGAAACCUCGCCGCAAGAGGGAGACACGUGCUCCACGAGCAGCGCAAACCACCAAGUCUGAGUCCAGCAGUGAAGAGGAAGGUUCUGGAAGGGCAGUGUCAGGACACUACUACUCGGUUGUGUCAGAGGCCGUCACUAAGAGGACUCAGGUUGUUGUUGUUGUGCUUUCCUCCCGCCCCCUAUGCCCGCGUCUCUCCGGCUGCCCUGCUGAUGCCUCGCGGCCCGCCCACCAGGUGUCGCACAGCAGCAGCAGCAAACCCGGUCGUGUUGGAGCAGCUCCCAAUGAGACAGAGAUCACUUUCAGCAAGCGGUAUUGGGAGCGUUUGCGCAGACAGGAGCAAGAGGAGCAGGAACUGCUUCGAAAGGAGAUGGAGGAGGAGAAGCGGAUGGAGGAGCAACGGAGACGGAUAGAAGAGGCCUGGAAGCGACAGCUGGAGGCGGAGAAGAAACGUAGGAGGGAUUUGAUUGCGGAGCGGGAGCGCAGAGAGCGCGAGCGGCGGGAGCAAGAACGAAGAGAAGAGGACGAAUACCGGCAACGCGAGCGCCAGCGGAUCCUCGAGGAAAAGCGGCGCGAGAUGGAAGAAAAGCGGCGGCUGGAAAAGGAGCUGGAGGAGCGCAAGGAGCGCGAGGAGCGGAUCCGGCGCGAGCGAAUCGAGCGCGAGCGUCGCAUCGACGAGGAACGUCGUCGACAGGAAGACGAAAAGCGGGAACGAGAUCGCGUCGAGAAGGAGCGCGAGCAGCGUUUGCGCGAAGAGCGGAUCCGGCGCGAGAAAAAGAUGCGCGAGGCCAAACGCCUCAAGUAUCUGGAAAAACGGCGUCGGGAACGCGCCCAAAAGCUGUUGGAAGAACGUCGGAAACUCGACGAGAUGCAAGUCAAGCUCAAGGAGAAGUUGUUGCAGGAGAAGCUCAAGAUGCACGAGAAGGAAGUGCGGUACAAGCAAAUGGAGAAGAAGCACAUUGAGGAGCUCAUGAGUCACGGCAGUGACGUGCCGGACGUGUCGAUGGAGUCGCAGGAAGUGGAGAAGGAGAUGGAGCAGCCGCCGCCGUCGGGAUCACCGCCUUCGUCGCCGCCAUCCAGCAACCGCCCUCAUCAUCAUCAUCAGCAGCAGCAGCAGCCGCCAGCAGCAGCAGCAGCAUCACCACACCCCGCAGGUAAUCGGGCUUCGGGAUCAUCGUCAUCUACAGCCAGGCCCGGCCAGGGCGGCGGCCCUAAGGCGGCGCCCAUGAACAACCAGCACCACGCCCGGCCGCCGCCAACACCGCCUCACAUCACCAGCAGCAGCAGCAGCAGUCAUCACAACAAGAACUCGGAGGAUGACGAGGACGAAGACGAGUCCGGCGGUGUUGACGACGAGCCGAAGAAAGCGAAGUCGGACUAUUUUUGCAAAAUGCUGUGGCACCUCAGAGAGAUCGCGUGGCUGAUAGCGAAUGACGUUGAAGACGGAAGUCCUGGGAUUUUGCUGCUGAUGUGAGCUGAUUUUGGCGGAAUUGGGGAUUUUCUUCUUCAGCGAGAGAACGAAAGAGUCCUGGCUACUGGAAGAGGAUUUGGAAAAUAAAAAUUGCUGGAUUUCAGGAGGAAAAUACAGUGCUAUUUAUUUUCAACUGUU